UGAGUAUUGGACAUGUGUCCGCACCUGUCUGGAUCACUAAGGUCAGGUAUUGGCUGCUGACGUAUCAUUACCACGGAUAAGGUUGAAAUUAGGCUGCAGCGUUUCAGCAUGGAUCUCUCUGGGAAACUUAUUAUCAAAGCUCAACUAGGACAUGACUUGCGACGAAUCCCGAUACAUAAUGAGGAAAUCACUUACGAUGAACUUAUUUUAAUGAUGCAACGUGUAUUCAAGCAGUAUAUUACAAAGGAAGAUGAAUUGUUGGUAAAAUAUAAAGACGAAGAUGGGGACUUUAUAACGAUUGAGGAUGAGUCUGAGCUCUCCCUCGCCAUACAGUCCAGCAAGGUGCUACAGAUUAAAAUCUUCGUUGUAAACAAACCUGAAAUAUUACAAUGUACUGCUCCAUUUAAAAACAGAAAAGACGGUGAAGCUAAAAAUCUUGAAUCAGGGGAUACGUUUUCUUUAGUUUAUGAACUUCAACGGCUUGGUAACCACAUCCUAAACGUAGCUGAUCGUAUUCAAAAAACGUUUUCUGCCAACGAUUCCAUGGAUAUAGCUUUCACUAACUGUAAUCGACUUGAAAUAGUAAACAAAACAGACUCAAUAUGCAACCCGGAGAGUAACAAGGAAUUCGAUCCGUUAUCUAAUGUCCGAUCUACAGAUGUUACAAUCUCUUCUCCAAAUCCACCCAUCUACUUGUCAUCAGUCAACAGUUCAGAUAACAUUUCGAAAUCAAAAUCUUGUGAAAAUUGCAUGGUUUCCAAAUCAACUUUCUCAACGGCUGGAUUGUUAGACGAGGGGCUAAAUUCGACUAAAAAAUCUGCUGAUCACGACACUAUAGAUCUCCAAGUGCCGUUUGAGAAUAAGCUUGAUACAAUUGACCAAGUACCUAAUAAAUUUAGUCAUUCUAAUGCAGAAGUGGUAGUAUCGGCGGCGCCUAAUAUUAGUUCCACACUCUCCACUACGAUACUACCGUCUCAGGGUCAACCGUUAACACCAAAUAGUCAGCCAAUAUCAUCAUUUUAUCAACAGCCUUCAGGACAUCAAAACCAUCUCACCCAACCUCAAGUACAAGCAUCAAUACCUAUAUCCCCUCAAAACUCAGCACAACCUAUAAUUCAUGGCAAUGAUACUCUUAGAAUGCCUAACACAUCAACUCCGAUGUUACAACAGCAUAGUACUUCUUCAUUCAGGUCUCCCGGUUUGGCAAACAUGCCACCAAAUAUGGGUCCUUAUGCUCGUCAAACUGGAUCACUACCAAACACUAAUAGACCUAUGGGUAUCCUUGUAACUCCUCCAAAUCCAUCAUCUAACAUUUUUACACCUGUACUUCCACCGUACGAUCCUUCAACUGGUUUAGGGACACCACAGCGACCAAUUAUGCAGCCUCUUUCAGGUUCUCCUAGAAAUUCUACGACACAAAGUUCAAUACUGUCCACGCCCAUGAUUCCACAUGGCAUGUCAUAUCCACCUAUGUAUCCUCCUCCAGCUCAAAGUAUGAAUCCUUCGACACGUCCCACUUGUCCUCCAACUCAAAAUACUUUUGUAUCGGGUUCCUACAAUUCAGUGCAUUCAAGUGCUGCCGUUCCCGUAACAUCACCAACUAUCUUGUCAAAAGCAUGUCCGACUCCUAAUGAGACUCAUUAUUACCCUCCAUCCUAUCCUAAUUAUUAACAAUAAUGCCUUACUUUUGCUCCAAGAUUCGUACUGUUUAAGCUGAUCUGUCAUUCGAUAGCUUCACAUCGUGAUGUGACAUACAGUUAUUUAUAAUUUCUGCAUAUUUUUUUCGUUGAGUGCACACGCAGGUUAAUUAUUUCGGUGUAUGGUUACAUAAAAUUUUGAUUACAAACUCCUUAAAAAUGAUAUUUUGAAUUCAAUUUGUUUCACGCUUGGUUUCUUAUCCAUUUUGGUCAGUAAUAUGUAAUAAUCAUGUUUUGUGGUUUUACCUCGUCUUUUUCUGCAGCUUCGUAAUGGUUAUCACAUUAUAUAUAAUUUCGAAGGGUGUAUCUAUCUCAGUCUGCCUUAAUCCUCCUCCAUUGUAGCCACAAACAUCGACAUUAAGAAGUUCUUUGUUAUACUAAACAAAAUAGUUCUGCAGCUCCUAGAAUCCACUUCAGGUAAAAUUUUUAUUGUACUGGGAUAUAAACUUCA